GUAAAAGCAAUUCAAGUUACUGUAAACUAUAAUAAAUGUUAAAGUAAAGAGAAAUAGAAAUGUGUUUUUAAUAAUUUUACAGUAGCAGUGGCGGUGGUUAAUCAUCAAGAAGCUCUCUUUUUGAUGCAAGCGUGGGUUAUAAAUCCAGCACCUUUGCCAUUACUCUUCUCUUUCACUCUCUCUUCAUCAGACUCCAAAAUUCACACAUACCCAUCUUCUUAAUUUUCUCUUUCAACAAGUAAAGUUUGUUUCUUUUUCUCUAUUGUCAUUUUUUUUGGGGGGCUGCUAUAAUCUAUUUCACUGGUGUGUAUGUAUCUGUGUAAGUGGCAGUGUUAUAGCAUAGGGAGUAUGUAAGCUGAAAAAAGCAGGGAGAGGGAUUUGAACAGAACAGAACAGAGUAUAAACAUUUCAAUAAAGUUUUGUUUUUGAGUGGAAAAAGAAAAGGGUGCUUGAAAGAAAGAGCAGAGUACCUAAAAGUAGCACAAAAUCUGAAAUGGGUAUCUUUCUUCUAUUGCCACAUUUAGCUUGGGUUUCUCUCUUUCUCUCUCUGUCUGCUGCUUAACUCUGACUAGGGUUUUUGAAUUGGGCUAUAUUUAUUGUCCUGAAAUCAAUGUUCUUUUGUUUGUUUAUUUGACUGCUUCUAUUGGGAAACCCUUUUUGCAGCUUUCUUUGAACUUUCUUUUUCUUUGAGUUCUCUUUUCUUGUCUUGGGAGUUGGGGGGUUGCUUUGCUUCCUUUGUUUGUGAUUUUGGUCCACUUCAAUUUCACCUUGUUGGGUUUAGCUUUGGAAAUGGUAUCAAUUCAACUUCUUUGAUCUGUGCUGCAUAUUUUGGGACCUGGGUGUUUUCUCUUGCAGCAUUAUUAGGUGGUCUACAAGCCAAUUAAUUGAAGUGGGUUUUUCUAGUUUAGUUAGCUUGGCUUCAAAUUGUUUAAUUUUGUUUGGAUAGAGUGGGGUUAUGGAGGAGAAUAUGUGAAUACCUCUGUGAAAUUUGAAGUUUCUUAUAUUAGAAGUUCAAACCUUGUAGUUUCUGUUGUAGCUUAUUUUAUAAUAUAUGCUUUGAAAUCAAUAUUUUUUACUAGAUUUGUUAUUCAUUCACUACUAAUUUUGCCUGCUUUCUUUUAAGUCUUUUAUCUAUUUGAUCUUUCACUAAUCAUUUUGAGCAAUUAGGGAAUCUUGGGAGUGAUUACUUUGGGGUUAGCUUUCUAUAGUUCUAGAAUUCUAGAGACUUCACUAAUAGUUCAAACACAAUUGUGAAAGGUAGGUAUCUAGAUUGGCUACUUUUGGUAUUCUUGUGAAGGAGAGAGAUGGAUAUGAGUGACAUGGAUAAAUUAGAGCUAGAGAAGAGGGGUGAUAAUCCUAUAAACUACCAUUCACCUGCUAAUAUGACCUCAGACUGGCGAUUUGGCAGUUCUAAUAUUACAAAUACAUCUUUGGGUUUGGUUCCCACCGAUAAUCAGAUGCCAGUUUGUAGAGGAGAUCUACUUGGAGCUUCUUCUUGCUCUACUGCUUCCAUGGUGGACUCAUUUGGUCCAGGCUUAUGGGACCACAGUACUAAUUCACUGAACUUGGGGUUUUGUGACAUUAAUGUCCAAAAUCAUCCAAGCACUUCAAACACAAUAGGACAUAGAAAAAGUGGCCCAACUUCUUUGAGAGUUGGUACUGAUAAAGCUCUACAAAUGGGGUGGAAUCCACCAAGCUCCAUGCUGAAAGGCGGCAUUUUCUUGCCAAGUGCCCCCGGUGUUCUCCCACAAAGCUUAUCUCAGUUUCCUGCUGAUUCUGCAUUUAUUGAGCGUGCUGCUAGGUUUUCUUGCUUCAAUGGUGGCAAUUUUAGUGAUAUGAUGAACCCUUUUGGAAUACCUGAGUCUAUGGGCCUUUAUUCCAGGAGUGGUGGUAUGAUGCAAGGACCACAAGAGGUUUUUGCAGCUAGUGGAUUGAAAACAGUAACUGGUGGACAAGGUCAGAAUAAUGUCACGAUUGUGGGUGAAACUUCUAAAGAUGCAUCUAUGUCAAUUGAACAUGUGGCUAUUGAAGGUCCACUUAAGAAUGAGAGGAAAAGCGACAGCCUUGUAAGAUCUAAUGAUGAAGCGAAACAAGGUGCUGGCGGGUCUGGUAAUGAGUCUGAGGAAGCUGAAUUCAGUGGUGGUGGUGGUCAAGAGGAGGCAUCUACGUUGGAAGGAAAUGGCAUGGAAUUGUCUGCUAAGAGCCUUGGCUUGAAGAAAAGAAAAAGGAAUGGACAGGAUAUUGAGCUUGAUCAGGCCAAGGGAAACCUGCAAUCUGUUGAAGCUGCAAAAGAUAAUGUCGAAGCUCAGCAGAAAGGAGACCAAACCCCAACUUCAACUCCUAAUAAGACUUCUGGAAAACAAGGUAAACAAGGGUCUCAGGCUUCAGAUCCGCCAAAAGAAGAAUAUAUUCAUGUCAGAGCUCGAAGAGGUCAGGCAACAAAUAGCCAUAGUCUUGCAGAAAGAGUACGAAGGGAAAAGAUCAGUGAAAGAAUGAAGUUUCUGCAAGACCUUGUACCUGGUUGCAGCAAGGUUACGGGGAAGGCGGUGAUGCUAGAUGAAAUUAUCAACUAUGUCCAAUCAUUGCAGCGACAGGUUGAGUUUCUAUCAAUGAAACUUGCAACAGUGAAUCCAAGGCUGGAUUUUAACAUAGAAGGGCUUCUUGCAAAAGAUAUCCUUCAUUCACGAGCUGUUCCUUCAUCUACUCUGGCAUUUUCCCCAGAUAUGAUUAUGGCUUAUCCACCAUUUAAUACAUCUCAGCCAGGACUGAUUCAAGCUUCGUUUCCUGGCAUGGAGAGUCAUUCUGAUGUUCUUCGGAGAACCAUUAGUUCCCAGUUAACACCACUGAGUGGAGUAUUCAAGGAGCCUACUCAGUUGCCCAAUGCAUGGGAUGACGAACUCCACAAUGUUGUGCAAAUGGGCUAUGGAACCGGUACUACACAAGAUAGCCAAGAUGUAAAUGGAUCAUUGCCGGCAGCAGGCCAAAUGAAAGCUGAACUCUAAAUGUUCGCCUUUCUUUUGUAAACAUUGUAUUCUUGCUUCACUAAUUUUAAGGACAGAAGGUAUGCCAGAUUCUCGUGAAAAUACGGAGGUUGAUAAAGAAAUGAAUGCUUCUACCCCAGCAUCAAAGCUUGGAGCACUAGUUGCAUUCCGGAAGCAAGGUCUUGAAAGCUUAAAGGGUCAUUUGCCUUGCCUAUGGAAGCCAUGGAAGGUGGGCAUUUUGUCUUGGCGGUUUUGUCCAAUCUGAUGUCACAUUGAUCUCCAUGCUUCUACUGUAUGAACUUUACAUACUAGAUUCCCAGGAAUAUUACAGAAAGGUAUCUGUCAUGGAGUAGGAUGCUCCAAAUGGUCGAUGAUGAGCGUGAGAAUGUAUAGAUUGAUGUUCCAAGGAUCUCAUGAUGAAUAUAGGCUAAUAGGGAAAAAUUUAUAGGACAAUGGAAAAAAAAUGAUGGCAUUUUGCUCAUAUAUCUCAAAUUUUUCGUAUAUAUUACCUCAUGGAAGAAUGCAUCCUGUCAAUAAUUUCUUGAUCA